ACUCUGCGACUGGAGGAAGAGAACUCGCCCUGUUGUCGGCGAUUUGCGCAUGCGCCCGUAGCUUCUCGCGCGCGCGCUGGAGUGGGCUGAGGUGCUGUUGCCGUGGGAGCGCGUGGGGGCAGAAUGAGCACGAGCUCCGUCUCCAAGGGCUGCUUUGUGUUUAAACCAAGUUCCAAGAAGAGAAGGAUAUCUUCACAAACAGCUGACUAUUUUAGUGAAGCUAAAAAUGAUUCAGAGGACAGUGGUCUUCGAUUUGCUACUUGUCAGUUGUUAUGGAAGCAGAUCAAUUCCGAAACGGAGAAAAUACAAGAAGAACUGAAUAAACAAUUAUUUGAUAACUUAAUAAGUUUUCUGAGACAAUCUCACUCUGAAUUCCAAACAAAGAAGACAGAAUGGAUGUGUCGGAUGAAAUCCAGUGAAAUUCCUACUGCAGCUCUUGUCCUAGGUGUAAAUGUUACAGAUCAUGCAAUGACAUUUAAAAGUCUCUCAGAGGUUCUUCAGGAUAACGUUACUCCUUAUGUAGUCUCACUGCAAGCCAAAGAAUGCCCAGGCAUAAAACAUCUGCUGCAGAAACUGAUGGGACAGCUAAUGGACUGCUCUGUAGAUGUGGACUCAUCUGAGGAGGAUGAAUGUGUUAACAUUUCCCAGAAAAAGAUACACUGCUCAAUGGCUUCUCUUUCCAAAUGGUACGAGAAUGUAACAAAGAAAACAGGUUCUGAAACUCCAAGCAAAAAAAGAACUUCCUCUUCCAGGCACUGGCAAUCUCCUCCAAUUGUGGUUAUCUUCAAGGACAUGGAAAGUUUCACAACGAAAGUACUUCAGGACUUCAUAGUUAUCAGCAGUCAGCACAUACAUGAAUUCCCUCUUGUACUCAUUUUUGGAAUUGCCACGUCUCCAAUGAUCAUCCACAGGUUACUUCCUCACUCUGUUUCUUCUCUGCUGUGUAUAGAGCUUUUUCAGUCUCUUUCUUGCAAGGAGCACCUGGCUACAGUAAUUGACAAGCUACUUCUGACAACUGAGUUUCCCUUUAAACUAAGUGAGAAAGUGUUGCAAGUUCUAAUCAACAUAUUUUUGUACCAUGAUUUCUCUGUCCAGAACUUCAUCAAAGGAUUUCAGCUGUCUAUUGUGGAGCAUUUCUAUUCCCAGCCCCUCAGUGUGUUGUGCUGCGAGCUCCUGGAAGCUAAGAAGAGAGUAUAUUCUUUAUCACACGAUCAGUGUGAAAACAUUCGAAGCCUGCCAUCUUUUAGAAGAUAUGUGGAAAGUCAAGUCUCGGAAAAACAAAUUGCACUUCUGACUGAGGACAGUUUUUUAAAGGAAGUAACACAGGAAUUACUGGAAGACUUGCAUAUUUACCAUGAGAAUUAUUUCCCAGUUCUGAGAUGUCUUCAUGUUUUCACAACUUCCCUUCCAAAGUACCCUUUGGGAAAACAGAUCAGAGAGCUGCACUGUGCAUGUUUGGGAAAGAGAGUGUGGGAAACAGAUGAAUAUGGGUCAGCUGUUCAGUUACUGAGGAUGUUGGCUAAGGCUGAGUUGGUGGCCAUACUUCAAAAAUGUGUGGAGAUUUUUACAUCAUCUUCUGGAAAACAGUUUAGUAACACGGUAGAGAAACUGGGGGAGUUCCUGACACGGUUUCAAAAUCUGGAAGUAGCAGAAGCCAAUGAGGCACAAGAUGUGUGUGUGUCAUCACAAAAGGAACUCCAGAAGAAGAUGGACCUCUAUCAUCUUCAGAAGACUUUGCUGGAGUUGAAAGAAUCAAAAAGAUCUAAGAAACUAACGAAGUUUGAAAUGCUCAGAUUUGAAGUUGUUGACUUUAUAGACAGCCUGGUAAGAAGUUACCUUGCUCCUGCAGAGAUGCAGACCCUGAACGAGGUGGUGUAUUUCCACACUGCUAACACCCUCCGUGAGCACUUGAAUGCUGCACCACGGAUUGCUCUUCACACAGCUCUGAACAACCCCUAUUGCUACCUGAAAAAUCAAACUUUGAAAAGUGACGUCGGAUGUAUUUCUAAUACUGCUCCUGACAUAUGCAUAGUGUAUAAACUUCAUUUGGAGUGCGGCAGAUUAAUAAAUCUUGUUGACUGGUUAGAGGCCUUUUCAACGGUGGUAACGGCGGUUGAGGGAACAGACCCAGAUUCAGUGGCCACAGACCAGGUGGAUGAAAUUAUCCACGCUCGUUUUAUUAGAGCUGUUUCAGAACUGGAACUCUUAGGGUUCAUAAAGCCUAGCAAACAGAAAACAGAUCAUGUGGCAAGGCUGACAUGGGGAGGCUGUUAAAUGAUAGAACAAGUUGAGAAAGACCAACCAAUGUAUGCAUGCUGCCUGUGAAAGUUCAUUAUGGCAUAUGGGGGACAAUGCAGCCAUUGGGACAAAUUAAUCCCUUAUGUAACUCUACUGAUGUUAAAGGAGUUAAACUAAGGAUGAAUUUGACCUCUUAUGUACUAUAUUCUAAUAGCCAACAAAAUACUACCUCUUUUCUGUACAUGUUUGUAUGGAGUCAAGGAGUCAGCUUUAGUACAUGAUUUAAUAUUCUCUUAAAAUUGCAAAGUUCUGACCACUGCUCUGUACCAGUUUUCAUCUUCUGUUAUGUAUGAUGUGGUUUAGGCUAGGAGGCCAGAAUGCGAUUGUGUUGUGCGAUUUUCUUUUAAUGUGUAACCAUGAAUGCUGAGUUUAAUUUGCUCACUAUCUGGAUUUAAAUGAUCAUGUUAUGAAAUGUUCUCCAGAUACUGCAUAUUUUCAAAAAAUCAUUCUGCUGAGAAUUGAAAUAACAAGCCUCUGUGACCAGAACCCACUGAGCCCUCCCCUUGCAGUGUGCAGUACCAGCCACUCUGAGCAGAACUAUUUGAUGAUCCUGGUGAUGGUGCCCUGGGAAGACUUCUCUACAUACAGAAGAAAACCAGAUUUCUGUGUUAGAAAAUAAAGGAAAAGUGUUUCUGAAGGGACAAAAACAAUUGUUACUAUCCAAUUUGAUAACAUAGCUGGACAGUAAAUAAGACUAUUUCAAAAAUACUCCUUUAGCUAACCUGCGUUAUCAAUCAGAUUUCAUUAUCCGCAUAGGAGAUACGAGAAUAUUGCUCAAUUAGGAGUGUUGAAGGAAGGUAAUAAAAUACCCAUUUAAAGUACAA